AUGCUAAAAUCUACAAGCAUCUACAGCAUGCACUCGUUUGACUAUGAGAAACUCAAGGUGUUUCAGAUUCAGGUUCAGGCAAAGGAUCAGGGCUCUCCGUCUCUCAGCAGCAACGCUACUGUCCAUGUUUUUAUCCUGGACCAGAACGACAACGCACCCGCUGUUAUUUACCCCUCUUCCGCUGCCAUGGGCUCCCUCUCUCAUCAGAGGAUGCCCCGUCCCGCUAAAGCGGGUCACCUGGUUACCAAGGUGACAGCUGUGGACGCUGACUCGGGCCAUAACGCCUGGAUCUCCUACAAACUGACGGAGGCCACAGACGCGUCUCUGUUCACUGUCAACCUGUACACAGGGGAGGUGAGGACUAAACGCGCUGUGUCCGAGCAGGACGACUCCUCUCAGAGGCUGCUUAUAGAGAUCAGAGACGACGGGGAACCGGCACAGUCCUCCACCGUCACGGUGUCCAUCCUGCUGGAGGACGGUCUCCAUGAGCCCAUCUUAGACCUGCGACAGAAGGUAGCAGAGCCCAGCAAGAAAAACGGGAGAAUCGCCCUUUAUCUGAUUCUCUCUCUGGCCUCGGUGUCCGUGCUGUCUCUGUUGACUUUUCUCAUCUUAGCGGUUAAAUGCAUCAGGAACAGCAGAAGCAGCGGUAGUUGCUGCAUGAGACGGAGCGACUGUGAUGAUUACAAGAACCCCAACAGAAACCUGCAGAUUCAGCUCAACUCUGAUGGACCCAUAAAGUACGUGGAGGUGCUGGGAGGAGACAUGUUGUCUCAGAGUCACUCCUUCAGGUCCUGUAUGUCUCCAAUGUCAGAGUACAGUGAUUUCACUUUGAUUAAGCCCAGCAGCACCACUGACUUUAAGGAGGUGAUCAGUGUCCUGGAUGCGUCUUUACCUGACAGCACCUGGACCUUUGAGAGCCAGCAGGUGAGCAAAGUGACCCCGUCUUCCCAUUGGCUGCUUGUGGUAGAUGAUGUUCGCCAAUCACACACAGAACUGUACAAAGAGAUCUACUCCCUCCCCCUCACCAGCUUCAGCACCACCAACGUUAACAGUGCAACGAGCUGCUGGACGGUGUGUGAUGCGUUUAUAGCUCAGAUAUGA